AUGGGCAACCCGUUAAACUGUCUUGCUCCAGAACCUGGACAAGUUUGCAAACCUGGAGGACCAGUUCCACUCACUAGAAUUAAGACACUCGUAUCUAUGACUACUCCAAGGGAUUACAGAUCACAAAACUCGUGCACUUUGCCACCAUUCGUUGAAUUUGACAUGUCAGCAGAGGGCUUUGGCUGUCUCUACUUACCAAGUAUAGCUCCACAAUCUGCCAAUCUGAAUGCUCUCGGAACUCAAGAUACUACAACCUUAGGUGGAAUUGGAUCUGGCGAUAGGGUGUUCCCACCUCAAACGGGUCUGUCAUACUCCACGUGGAUAUGUGUGGAAAAGUAUUCAGAUCCACGCACUGACCCGCACUGCGUACGUCUGCUGACACUCGUGCGGAACAUAAACAACAGCCGAGACGAGCACCUUGUCUGCCUCACCGUCGUUCUAUCCGCCAGAGAUAAAGCCAUCAUCGUUUCUACGCAGGAAACUCUCGUACCUCAUAAUGUAGGAGAAUGGGAGCCAGAAGGUUCUGGGGAGUGUGGAGCGCGAGUUUGGUGUCCAGAUCUGCAACACGAAGGCCAGUGGCAUCAUUUGGUGCUCGUACUUAACCGAGCAGUACUAAAAAACUCUUCAUUUUCGCUAUAUUUAGACGGUCAACAUAUGCAUUCUGGUAAACUGCACUACGUGAGCGCAAACCCGGGGGGAGGUGCCGCAACGCUUUCGGGAGCUUCUAGCGUGUACUGCGUACUAGGAACGCCGCCGCAAUGGCGACGAUACUCUCGUCUGCUGUGGCGGCAGGGGCCCGCAUUACUGCUCGAAGAGGUUUUGUCAGCUCAAACUGUGUCAAUAAUCUACCAACUGGGUCCACACUACGUAGGCACUCUACAAGCGCCUUUACCACCGGGACAAAAUCAGGAACCACUUGCGCCGUUGGUUGCUGAGGAGAAAGUUGUGUUCGGUAUCAAUGCUCGCGCGAUGUCACAGCUCACUUUAGCGAAGAUACGUAAAGUGUACAGUAAGAAUGACAAUAAGGCAAUAGCAAAGCAGCUAGGGAUGUCUUCUCAUGAGAAUGCAACUCCUAUCAGGGUUCUGCAUAACUCGGCUGGUCACCUCAUGGGACCGGCCAGAUGCUUAGGUGGUACAGUUGUGGGUUAUUUGGGCGUGAGGGUUUUCUGUCCUAAACCUGCAGCGAUUAUGAUUGAUACUGUCGGCGGUUGUUCGGUAUUACUCGGCUUAAUAGCAAUGGCACAAGACGUGGAGUGCUUAUACGCCGGUGUUAAAGCUCUCGUGUGCGUCGUUCGCUCCAACAAAGCGGCGCAGGCGGAGAUGGACCGACGGAAAGGCUACCAAACACUCGCCAUGUUGUUGAAAAGGAAGAAGCAGUUGCUCAACUCUCACAUAUUGCAUUUAAUAUUCGGAUUAGUUGGCACUGUCGACAGUCAGAAGGAAACUUCUUCCAUUCCCAAUUUGACUGCAUUUCAGGACUUGAUUUGUGAAUUGGAAGUUUGGCUUGGAGCUCCAGGCGGACUGAUCAAAUCUCUACUCGAGCACUUGUUGGAACUUGCGACUGAAACCGCUCACAGAACGCACAACCUACGCACAAUGCGGGAGCUUCAGCUGGUCUCCAAGCUCCUUUAUAUUAUUAACGAUGUCAAAGUCAUCAGCACAAAAAACGUACUCAUACAACUAUUGGCGGCACUUUUAGGGGGUCAGCCGCGACCCAGUGAUUUAUUAUGUCUCGGACAGUUCAUGGCGUACACAUUACCAUUACCGUCGCAGACUGAGAAAGGAUUGAAUCUGAAAGAGAGCGACAAUGAGAAGGAAUGCGAAGGGGAACAAGUCAUUCUGCGUAAUAAGUGCUUUAACCUACUACAUGGAUUGCUGUUCACAGCACGCAACCUCGUGAACACUAUAGUCUGCGAGGAGAUAUCACGCGUGCUUGGAAUGGAUUGGCUGUUGAGUUUCAUGCAAGAAAACGUUCACCCAUCUACAGUUUUGUGGGCAUUAAGAAUACUUGUUAUACUUUGUUCUGGUCAGGGGCAACCAUCUGCCAUAAUGCAAAGGUUCCGCGAGGGAUCGGGCAACGGCGGCUGGCUGCGGCACACGGAGAUGAUCGCGGGCACGCAGCAGGCGGGCGUGGUGCUGCCGGCCGCCGUGCACUCGCUCGCGCACCUGCACGCCGCGCUGCUGCACACCGACGGCUUCACGCUGCUCACAUGGCUGGUGUUGUCCCACCUGGAGAUCCCGGAGCUGUACUACCUGGUGUUCGGGCUGGUGCUGGGACAGCCGAUGCGCGGCGCGAGUGCGGAGCGCGGCAUGUGCGUGGAGCGCGUGUGGGCGGCGGCGUGGGGCACGGCCGCGCCGCAGCGCCAGUCGCCCGCCGCGCUCGCCGCGCGCAUCUCGCUCGCCGCCGAGCCCGUGGUCACGCUGCUGGCGGCCGUGCGCGCGCUCGUACACCCGCACGCUACGGCCGCGCACUCCGCGCAACCGCCGCCCGACUGGCUCGCCGACCACCCCGUCGCUAUUGUCCAGGUAUUGUUUUCGCUGUACAACACGUUACCAGACUUCGUCAAUAUAAUGAUGACUGCCGAAGUACUUACCGCAUUAGCAUCAAUACUAUUCCCUCCUAACACUGCAGACGAUAUACAUAUGCCUAUAUGCGAAAGUGGCGACAGUUCGGGCGCGUCCACGCCUGGCUCCGAAAAAGAAGUUGUGAUAGAGAGUGGGGGCGCGCUCACCACGCACCCCGUGCGCGCCGGCGUUAUGGACUUUCUGAAAGUCAUCGUGCUGGACUCUUUGUCGCUCACCGUCACCGGCAAGACCUCGCCGGUGAUCGACCUGGUUUUGGACGCCUCGCCUCCCAAUUCUACCAGUGACCAGCAAAUUGAAUACCAGACAGAAGUGUUGACAACUCUGAUGGAGAAUCUAUUAAACACGGAACUCUUCGGAUCGGAGUGUAAUAUUUCCAACGUGUGCUACUUAGCAGCCAGGCUCGUAGAUAAACUGUGGCAAGGACAGCUUUCUAGAGAUCCUCAUGAGGUGUUCGACUUUAUUGUGAAGUUGGUAACUCAAGCAAAGAAAAAGUCAUCGGUGAUUUCUCUGGAGGGCUUACAUCACUGUCUCAAUAGAACAAUACUGUACCUACUGUCCCGCUCAACUGACUCAAUAGCUGACCAGAUGUCCGUGCUUGAAGCCUUGCACAAACUUACUACAAACAGAACAAUACUGUACCUACUGUCCCGCUCAACUGACUCAAUAGCUGACCAGAUGUCCGUGCUUGAAGCCUUGCACAAACUUACUACAAACAGAUUAUUAAUAUUCGGCGCUGGUAACCACGAGCUAGAAUUUAUUGGUUGUCUUACGUACUGUCUACUUCAGUUGAGCGCUAACAUGAAGAUCGUUUUAGACUCGCACAUGCGAACUACGUGGCAUGUCAAUCCCAGUGGGGAUUUGGAAUCGAGAGAUGACAGACUCACCACUCAUCAAGGUCGCAACCUGAUGGCGGGUGCGGCGCGGCGCGUGUGGGAGGAGCUGUACGCGUGCAAGAAGCCGGCCAUCGAGGAGGUGUUCAAGGUGACGCUGAGCGCGCCCGCAGCCGGCGCGCGGGCCCCCGACCUGCCCGCCGCGCGUGACCAGCUCGCCGCGCCCGCGCACCGCCUCUGGCUCAACUACAUCGACACCGAGCGCAAGGCCGUUUACCGAGUUCCAUGGGAGCUCCAUAAUCAAAUUCAAUCCAAGAUACAAAAGGUAACCGGUGGGCUUACACGACUGGCUUCCAGGACUAAAGUCAAGAAAGAAGAAUUUUCGAAACAGCGAUCACAUCCACCCCGUGAACACGCACUCGCAUAUAUGCAGGAUCACGUGCAGUUGGUUAGGCAGGCGUGGUGCGUGCAGCUGCAGGCGGCGGCCAACACGAGCGCGCACACGUCGCGCUACGUGCAGGCGGAGUGGGCGGGCGCGUGGCGCGAGCUGACGCGCGAGCGCGGCUUGUGGGGCCCGCCGCGCGCCUCGCCGCUCGACAAGUGGGCGCUCGACUGCACCGAGGGCCCGUGCCGCAUGCGCAAAAUGUUGCGCCGCAACCACCACUUCUACCUGCACUACCCCUACCGCCCGGACCUGCAGCACCCGGACAACAAACAAUUGAAGUACAAGGUCGCUCAAAGCCUGGACAGCAAAGAAUAUUACAGAGUAUAUCAGCAAUGGCGGACCGCAGGGAAUAGUUUGGGUGAAACAGAUAGCAUUGAAACAUCAGAUAUAGAUAUGUACAAAGAAGAAAUUACGAAUAAUAGGGACGCUUCACUCGAUAUUACCAAUGAAGAAGGUUCGCCUUCCGAUCUAGUCAGCAGCGGUGUUGUCAGUCGUGGCAACAAUCAAACUUCCAGUGAAGCAAACGAGGAUGGUCCCGAUGUUGAGGAUGAAGACGAGCAGCAUUCCCCGCCACCUGAUAAUCAGACAUUGCUUAGGUUAUUAGAGCACCAUGAAAAGAUUACACAUAUGUUCAGAUGUGCACGGAUACAAGGUCUUGAUACUACAGAAGGACUAUUGUUGUUUGGCCGUGAACAUUGCUAUGUUAUAGAUGGAUUCACUAUACUAAAGAACAGAGAGAUUCGAGACUUAGACAGCUGUCCGGAUGAUUAUGAACCAAUCCUCCCUAGUCAAGGUAUUCAGAGGAGUAAUCAAAGACAGUGUUCGAAAUUUUUGUACGAAGACAUAAGAGAAGUCCACAAAAGGCGUUAUUUAUUGCAACCUAUAGCAUUAGAAGUGUUCUCCAGUGACGGUCGAAACUAUUUGCUUGCGUUUCCUAGGAAAAUUCGGAAUAAGGUGUACAGCCGGUUCACGGCGCUGGCGACGGGCAUGGCGGACAGCGCGGCGGGCUCGGUGGCGGGGCAGAAGCGCGGCGUGGCCGUGGAGCAGCCCGCCGGCCUGCUCGCCUCGCUCAUCGGCGACACCUCCGUCACGCAGCGCUGGCUCAGAGGCGAAAUUUCAAACUUCCAGUACUUGAUGCACCUGAACACCUUAGCUGGAAGGUCAUACAAUGAUUUGAUGCAGUACCCGGUAUUUCCUUGGAUUCUUGCCGACUACGACUCCUUAGAACUAGAUCUGACGGAUCCAGCAACGUUCCGAGAUUUGAGUAAACCUAUGGGUGCUCAAAGCCCUGAAAGAUUGGAACAGUUUAGGAAAAGAUAUAAGGAAUGGGACGACCCGCACGGCGAGACGCCACCAUACCACUAUGGCACGCACUAUUCUUCCGCCAUGAUCGUGUGCUCGUAUCUCGUUCGCAUGGAGCCCUUCACACAGCAUUUCCUCAGGCUCCAGGGUGGGCACUUCGACCUGGCUGACAGAAUGUUCCAUUCCAUAAAAGAGGCGUGGAAUUCAGCAUCACGGCACAACAUGGCUGACGUCAAGGAAUUAAUUCCAGAAUUUUUCUAUUUACCAGAGUUUUUGGUUAACUCAAAUAAUUUUGACCUAGGGUGCAAGCAGUCGGGCGUGGCGCUGGGCGACGUGGUGCUGCCGGCGUGGGCGCGCGGCGACCCGCGCGAGUUCAUCCGCGCGCACCGCGCCGCGCUCGAGUGCGACUACGUGUCGCACCGCCUGCACCACUGGAUCGAUCUCGUGUUCGGCUACAAGCAGCAGGGACAGCCCGCCGUCGAAGCCUGCAACGUCUUCCACCACCUCUUCUACGAGGGCAACGUCGACAUAUACAAUAUCGACGACCCGUUAAAGAAAAACGCUACAAUCGGCUUUAUAAACAAUUUUGGUCAAAUACCAAAGCAGCUUUUUAAGAAAGCACAUCCUAGUAAGAAAAUGUCUCAACGGAGUUCUACAAUUUUGGAUCCGAACAACAUUAUACCAUCACAAGGCAUAACUCCGCCUGAGAAACUAUUCUUCCACAAUUUGGAGAACUUAAGACCAUCAUUGCAGCCUGUUAAAGAGGUGAAAGGCCCUGUAGGCCAAAUUCUUUAUACUGAGAAGGCGAUAUUGGCAGUCGAGCAAAACAAAGUUCUAAUGCCCCCGUCAUACAACAAGUAUGUGGCGUGGGGAUUUGCUGACCAUUCUUUGCGAAUUGGUAACUACGACAACGACAAGGCGGUGUUCGUCUGUGAGAGCGUUGCACACGCUUGUGGGGAGAUAGUCACUUGCGUGUGUCCUUCUGCCAAAACCAUUGUAACUGCAGGCACUAGUACUGUGGUGACGGUGUGGCAGUACUGGGCGCGGCGGCGGCGGCUCGCGGUGAAGGUGUGCCUGUACGGGCACGAGGAGGCGGUCACGUGCCUGGCCGCCAGCCCCGCGUACAACCUGGUGGUGAGCGGCAGCCGCGACGGGCAGGCCAUCGUGUGGGACGUGGAGCGCGGCACCUUCGUGCGCCAGCUGCUGCCGCCGCACUGCCUGGCGCCGCCGCCGCCCAUCUCCGCGCUCGCUAUUGACGACCUCACCGGCGACAUCGCGACUUGCUGCGGCAGCUGGGUGCACGCGUGGUCCAUCAACGGCGAGCUGCUGGGCGGCGCGGACAGCGCCAACGGCCGCGAGCGCGCGCACCAGCUGCUGUGCGUGGCCUUCAGCCAGGCGCGCGAGUGGGACCCGCUCAACGUCAUCGUCACCGGCUCCAGCGACGGCGUCGUUAGGAUGUGGUCAAUUGACUAUGUGGCUGAAACAGUUGACGACGAAGAAAGUCAAAGCGCAGAAGUCAGUGUUGAUCCAAACACUAAUUCAAUAGAUAAUGAGAUAAAGAAAGAUGCGCAAAAACUGAGCGGUCUGGACAGUGAUGCGAUUACAACAGAAAUUGAAGUAAAAUCUGAUGGCGAAGCUAAAACUAAUGACAUUGAAUCAAAUGAAAGGGAGGCUGCUAUUAAACGAGUGGAGGAGUUAGUUAAGCAGAUAAGUCUUUCACAAGAGAACGAAGGUAAUCUCACAAAGUCAGGGUCCGAAAGCUCACUUUCGGACGCAUGUGAAACUACCAGUGCCAAAGAAUCGGCUCGAAGACAUGAAGAAAAGGAUACUUGUAGCGAUAAUGAAGAGCCUCAAAACUAUCCCGAACAAAAGCCAGACGUCGAUUCUUGCGAAGAAACCAAAGAAGACUAUGAUAAUGAUAAGGAAAUAGAUGAAGAGAAAGAAAGUCUUACUCACCGCAGCAAGUUACAGAAGCAAGACAACAUAGUAUUGAGACGGAAAUCAAAGGCGAAUCCACUAUACCGAAAAAGCGGCGGCAGUAUCGGUGAGCCGAGCGAGUCGGGGUCGGUGGCGGCGUGCGGCGGCGCGGAGGUGGGUGGUGCAGCCGGCGCGGGCGAGGCGCUGCGCACCAGCAAGUCCGACACCAGCAUCAGCGACUCCUUCGUGCUGCUGGCCGCGCCCGCCGAGCCCGCGCCGCCACCCGCACCCGCGCCUGCACCGCCCGCACACACACCACCCACCGACGGCUCAGAGCGUUGCAUGCGGUGGGUGCGGCGGCUGGUGCUGCGCGGCAAGCUGACCAUGCACACGGCGUACGAGCGGCGCGACAACGCGUGCCCCGCCGCCGUCACCGCCGUGGCCGCCGCGCGCACCGGUCGCGGCCUGGCCGUCGGCGACGCGCGCGGGAGGAUUUUCCGUUGGUCGGCACCUGAUAUGUCGACUGCGUCGGGCGCCAAAGGCGGUCCAGCUGACCAUUGGAUACGCGACGACACCGCGCCAUUUUGCACGCAGUGUCAGGUGCGGUUCACGGCGCUGGAGCGGCGGCACCACUGCCGCGAGUGCGGCGCCGUGUUCUGCGGGCGCUGCUCGCGCUACGAGGCACCCGUGCGCCGCCUGCGCGCGCUGCGCCCCGUGCGCGUGUGCCAGCGCUGCCACGACAACAUACACGCGCGCCGCGACUAG